AUGGAGGCGGACCCGAGCGGAGGUGCUGCGGGUGGCUCGCCAGAGUUGGCCACGGGCGCAGGGGGAGUGCGAGGAGAGGGGGCGGCCAGGGUCAGGCGCGGGCAGGGGCGGCUGCGAGGGCGCGUGGCCGCGGGCAAUGGAGCCGGUUGCCGCGACAGGGAAGGUGCGGGGGUCGCCGGCCGAGGCAGGCGCGGGGCAAGGGCGGCCGGCGUGGGUGGCCAUAGGCGGGGCGGCGACGGCGGACCAGCAGCAGGGGGGCGAGGCCACGCGCCGGCGUGGCCUGGCGCAACAGCGAGUGCAGGCGCGGCGGUAGAGGAGGCAGGGCGAGUAGGGGCGCAUCCACGCGGGACGACGGGCACGGACGGGCGGGGCGGCGCGGCGCGCGGCGAUGCAGGGACAGGGGCGAGGCCCCGAGCGGCUUGCGCGGGCGGAUCAGUGCGGGGCGGGCGGCGAGCACGGGUGGCCCCGGGGAUGAGCAGUGGCGCUGGGGGAAGCGGGGCGGAGCGGGUGGAGGUGGCCGCCGGCGGAGGUAGGCGGAUACGGCGGCGUGAACGUGUGCGCGUGGGCAGGCGACGAGCGCGGGCGCGGCGGGGCUGCAGAAGCAGCAGCCACAGGGGCACGGCGCGUGUGCCGCCGAGCGCGUGUGCGCGUGGUGGUGCACUGAGGAAGACAGAGAGGAGGGAGAGGCCGGGCCUCACCGCGCGGAGUAGGGGUCUAGGCAGUGGGGGUUGA